GGAUGGGAUCACGGAGUGGACUGUAGCAGACUUCGGUGUUACUACUCCAGCUAUACCAUGGAUUGGCUUAUGAAGAGGAAUAAGAUUACUGUAGUUGAUCCAAAUUUUGAAGCUCGGGUGCUAGAGCAAUUAUGUGAUAUAGGUGAACGGGAAAAUGGGAACAACAAUGAUAUUUUUUAUGAUUCUGAAGCUGAUUCAGAUUUUGUGGUAGCUGAUGGUCAUCUUGAAACAGAGAGUGAUACUGGAAAACGCAUUGGUGAAAACUGUAUGUUUGAUGAAGAAUGUGACUCUAGUGUGACGUACUGCCGGGACCGCAGUAUUUGUGACUGCAAACCUGGAUUCCGUAAUCAACAAUCAUCUUGCAUUGCCACUAUCGACUCUGUGUGCUUAACAGACAGUGACUGCAAUACACUGUCAUUUUCAUCUUGCCAGGAUAAUUUCUGCAUGUGUAGGCAAGAUUACGUGCCUAGUUCUUCAAGGCAGGCAUGUCUACCAGUUGCCACAGGUUAUAAGCAACAGUGUGAGGAAAAUACACAGUGUUCAAAGACAUUUGGUGACUCUGCAUACUGCUACGGGGGACAGUGUGUUUGCUCAAAAAGUUACCAUUUUGCUGAUCGAAAGUGUAUAAGAAAUAAAGAUUUGGAUAACGAAUGCAAUUCAAGUAGUGAAUGCUACAUCGGUGAGAAUCUUGGAUAUCGAGUAAGCUGUCAGUCAAAUAGGUGCCGUUGCAAUGAAGGAUAUAUUAGAAAAGACAAUACGUGCAUAGAUUCUGCAACAACAUCAGCAUUGUCCUUUCUGCUGGUAGCAUUUCACCUUUUGGUGGUUUUUCUGUUUUGAAUAUGACUGCUUUACGAAAGAGCACAGAAAGGCAAAUAUUUAUGCACUACAUGGGAAGGAGGUGACAACAGAAAGACAUCUCCAAGAAGAACAGAAAUGUACUUUGAAAUGAAGCACUUUUGGUAUAGAUAGUGCACACUAAGACCUGCAGUUUGAUCUAUCACUUUACUUUAAAAAAUCAAAGAAAGACUGAUAUGAAUAUUAUAAAAGAAAGACACUCACAUAUUUUUGAGAUUGCAGGAGGGGGCGGGGUGGCAUUAGCGAUAAGAAUAAUUCACCUCUCUUAAUAUCUGGUGUGCUUUCAAAGUUUGAGCCCACACAGGGUUUCUCUGUGAAAUUGCUCUCUCUCUCUCUCUCUCUCUCUCUCUCUCUCUCUCUCUCUCUCUCUCUCUAAAAUUUUCCCUGAGGUGUCUCAAUUGGAGAAAGACUGCUUUUUACCAUCUGUCAGCAUAUUAAGGAAUCUUUUUUUUACACCUUUGUCCUUGUAUUUUAUCACAUGGAAGAGGUAAUAACUUUUCCAUUCACUUAGUUUUCACUUAAUUAGUUAUCAUUUUAGUGAUGCAUAUACAUUGUUUUGUGUCAAAUUUUGCAAUUACUGUUGAAACAUUAUUACUUGUAAAUAAAAAUAAUUUAUAUAACAGUGAUAUGUAAUGCUGAUAAAAUUAAAUAAAAGUCAUUUGUCACUAAGUAA